CUGAUCACUGAAAAUUUCGGGAAAAUUUUAAAAAAUCGAAUUUGAAACUUCUUUAUGGAACUCCACUCCACUCUCCAGUCUCCACAUAUCUUCAUUUAUCGUUUCGUACGAAACUGGAAUACGUGAGAAUUUGAUCACAUUACAUAAAGCCGUUAGGAUUAAACAAGUUUUUCGAUCUAUGCGACGAAUUGUCGUUCUUUCUUAGCUGAAUCGAGUUCUUCGCUUAUAAUUCGUAAUUUUUAGUAGUUUAAUCGAAUAAAUAUGUAGCUCAAAAAUACUUGGAAAAAUGACCGUCUCAGAGAACUUGAAGUUUUUGGAAAACUACCUCUCGGAAAGGAGUUACAUCGAAGGAUACCAACCGUCACAAGCCGAUGUUUUAGUUUUAACUGCCCUUAAAUCUGCUCCGACCAAGGCAACACCUAACAUCUAUCGUUGGUACACGCACAUUCAAUCUUUCAAUGCCGAUGAGAAGAAGAAAUUUGCUCAAAAAAGUUUGAAUAGUGAAGUAGCUAAAUUUUUAGAUGAUAAACCAUCUUCAGCAGCUGCUGCGGCAAUGCUUCGGAAUUUAACUCAUCGAUUUCGGAGCAGUGUUAAGUGUAUGCUGAUGUAUGUAAAUAUACCACAUACCGGAAAAUGGUUUUCACCAUCGUUUAAAUUCCGAAGCAUUGCCGCUGCUGCAGGCGAUGAUGACGAUGAUGUUGAUCUUUUCGGAUCAGAUGAAGAUGAUGCCGAAGCCGAGAGAAUUAAAGAAGAAAGACUGAAAGCUUAUGCUGAAAAGAAAUCGAAGAAACCAGCAGUUAUCGCUAAAUCUAGCAUCGUUUCAGAUGUUAAACCGCGGGAUGAUGAAACCGAUAUGAAAGCUAUGGAAACUCAAUUGGAGUGUGUCAAGAUGGAAGAUUUCAGACAAAAGAAAAACAUCCUACUAAGAACCGAAAGUAACUUAUCCACUUUGGGAAAAGAGUUCGUCGACAGAUAUGAACCUCUCUUAGGUCAUGCGACUGUUUGCAAAUCAGUCAAUUGUGGUGAAGUUAACUGUCGCACGCUAAAGAGUAUGAUGGUUCACCCAGUGCACUGUGAAUCCAACGCGAACGGCAGGUGCCGUUACUGUUUGAAUAUAUUUAUUUUAUAUGUGUAUCACAGCGAACGAUGUAAAAAUCCGGAUUGCUUGUUCACUGUCUGUCGAAAUGGAAGAAUUAGAUCGGCGUAUAGGAGAUAUGAACCGCAUACUUCGCAAGAAUUAGAUCGUUGCUAAGCUUCACAGGUAUUUUGAAACUUUGAAGUGAAGAGGUGAGCGAUGAUGAAAGUUUUACCAAAUUUCUUCUUUCAUAACAAGAAUGUCGAAAGUGGCCACGGCCAAUAUUUCGCCAAUUUGGUGGCACUCAUUGGCAAAAGUAAAUUUGCCAUUUUGUUGGCAUGUUGGCGAUUGAGUUUUUUCCUGCCAUUCGUUCACCUUUUGGCAAUAAUAAUGAGAUAUAAUUUGAUAGCUUAAGAAUAUAAUUGAAGAUAGUGACGGUAACGCAGACAUAAUGGUUUAAGUACAGGCAUUAAGAUUAAGCAUUAAUUAUUCAGCCUACAUUUACAAGAUCAUCGAUAUCAUUUUCAAAAAUCAAAGUUAUCCCCAUCAUUUUGAGAUUGCAGGUUAUCUGCAAAAAAAAUUAAUUUGACAUCCAACUCAAAAUUCAACCUACUUUUUUCGUUUGAUGUACUCGUAAGCUUACUUGAGAUUGCAGACUACGUCUAUUGAAGUGCAGGAGUAGUACAAGGAGGAGGAAGAGGAAUUAGUGUCUUCAUUUUUCUCCUUCUCAUAUUUUGAUUGGAAUCAACCGUGGGUUGCUGCCGCUAAUUGUUGUUCCUUUGUGAAAGUAGACCAAGGAUCAACUUGGCCAGGCUUUAUUUUUUGUUUGAUCUUGGGCCCAAUUUCAUUUACUUGAUGGAGAACAUCUGAAAAAAAAGUGAUAGAAGUACUUCCCAAUACAAUGUCCAUGUAAUCUGUGUAUUUUAAUAUGUAUGCAUGCGCAUAGACGACCAAAGUCCUGCUAUUAAGUGGGGCCAGUGGGGGGGGGGGGUAUCAUGUUAUUUUACCAACAAUAAUCAAAAUAUGAACGUCUGAAUGUGUUCAGCACUGAUAUGAGUAAUGAUCGAAGAAUUAUAAUUGUAUCUAUGUAUGUGUGUUUUUCAAUGUGAUUGAAAGACAUUUACUUGAUGUAGGUACUUGUACUACGUAAGAAUAAAAUAACUUACUUUGGUGGUUUAUAUUUAUCGAUGAAUUCCAUGCUGAAACGUUUAGGUGUUUUUUAAAUUCUAUCCUUUGGCAAUUCAAUGCUAGGUAAUAUAGAUUCCUUGCCAAAUUUAGUAUUGUUCUCAAGAUAUUUGUAUGCUUCUUGCAAUUCCUCAAUGUCUGCAAAACAUAAGAUUUUUAUAUUAAAAAGUUGAGUUGUUUGAAAUUAUUUUUACAUUCUUAAAUUUAUAGGUACCAAUAAAUAUACCAAGGUGUCUUACAAGCUUUUUAAAUGAAAAAGAACUUCUUUAAGCAGCAGGACAUUUUUCAAACACUUUACAACUUCAGGGGUAGAGAGGUGUUAUGUUCUCAAUUUAUUAAAUUUAUAAAAUAUGAUUGUAAGUUCUUUAUUAAAAUAAAAUUAUUACUAUACAAUUAAGAAAAAUUUACCCUAGGUUAUAUUAUCAAAUAUUUAAUUAGCAGCACUCGCGAUUUAACAAGUAUAAGAUAAAGAAAAUUGAGUUGAUUCACAAUUGAUAAAUUUGAGCACACAAAAUUCGCAAAUUAAUGUUACCAAAAAUUAAGUGAAUUAAUAAAUUGAAAAUUCACAAAUUAGAAUAAAAAUUAGUUAUUUUGAAAUGAUUAAAAUUGUUGAAUGAAAUUUGCACUAAUAGGUAUCGUCUUGAAUUGAACGAACAUAUAUGAUGAAACUUGAAAACUUUACACUUGGAAGGAAGAGAAAGAUGUAAGUUACCAACUGUACAAAUAUGUUACAUGAGAUAUCAUUUGACAACUGUAUGGUCAUGGUCAAAAAUCAACUGGAGAACUGUCAUCAGACAAAUUCUUGUAUUAUCUUUGAGUGAAACCUACACUCCUACAUCAUAAAUCCACCCAAAUAAAGUGCUUAACUCGCCUAAAAAGCCUAUUUACCCGUUUAAAGGGAACCUGUUUUUCCUCUCUCCUGAAAAGUUAUGAAAAUGGACAAAGCGAGUUUUGGAAUAUCACUCUUCAUGUACUUAUGCUUUAAUAUCGAUAAAAUUAACCAAAACUACUUUUCAACCCCUGAAAUUAUCAGAAUUUUGAUGUUUUGCAAUUACAAAAUCAAAAGAUAAGUAAUAAAAUAUACCUACUUACUAUCUUCACUGGUGGGCGAAGUUCUCUUGGUCUUGAACAUGUCAAAUACGUUUCGUGAUGUUUUUACAAUUCUCCAUUUUCUCUUCAUGUGGCGCCACUUGGGAUUGUUCGCAAGCCAGUGGUGUUUCAUUUUGCGAAGUAUAUGGCUUCCAACUGUUGCAGCAAUUGUAUGUGACAUUAUCAUAUGUAGACUGGGUCUCUUUCACUUUGUCACAAAAUGAUCAAAAAAUAAAAAUUAUUGACAAAAAUGAAACACCCACCCCCCCCCCCCAUUUUCAGCUGCUCAAGUUGAUUUUUCGAUUCUUGGCGAGUGUUUGAAGUUUUGUGUGUUCAACUCAAAAAAUGGGAAAAAAUUACACAGGUAUCCAUCUCUCCUGCGUAUCAACUUCCCGAGCUCAAAUUUUGGCCAAAGGCAGUCAUCCAGAUACCUGAUCAGCUCAUACCACCAUUGGCCGGAUCCGGCCUUCCGGUCAGAAUAUAGGAUUUUUUCGUCGACCGUAUAUAAUGGACGAAUAAUUCGAAUCGCAGGAAAUGACGGCUAGAUUUUGGAUGCAGAAUCCAGGAAACCUUCUACACAUGCGCCAAACAUGAUGCUUACGGCGCUGGUGGAGAGAGAGGCGGUUCACUGGUACAACCCAUGUUCAACCAGUAAACGGUCUCUCUCUCCACCAGCACCGUAAGCGUCAUGUUUGGCGCAUGAGCAGGUUUCCUGGAUUCUGCAUCCAAAAUCUAGCCGUCACAUUUUGUCAUUUUUUCACCGUUGAAUUAUUCGUCCAUUAUAUACGGUCGACGGAUUUUUUACUGUUUUUUCUCUUGUUUUCAGUGAAAUUGAAAAAUGACCGUUUCUCCCCACCACAUGAACUUGAGCAGCUGAAAUUUUGGCUGAAGGGUCUAUGCUAGAUACCUAAUUAAUUGAAAUUUAAAACGAAAUUGAUAAAUAGGGAUUAAGAUAGAUUAGGGUGUGGUGAUUUUUAUUAUAAUGAACUCCUAGUGUGGGUAUUCUUAUAAUUUUUACUCAAGCGGGAAUUUCUCGAAAGUACCUACUCCUUAAGGAAGGAUUAUUUUCUUGAACCUAACUAGCUCAAUACAGGGUGCCCAGAAAUAUCGAGUACACCUAAGAAAGUUUUUCAUUGAAAAUAUAGGUUAGCAACGUGAAAUAGAUGCAUAUGAUUGGUGGAAUGUUAUCUCUCCAACGUGAAAUAGAUGCAUAUGAUUGGUGGAAUGUUAUCUCUCCAGUCCAACAACCAAUAAUGUGCCAUCAUUAUUACUUGUACUCGUAUCAUUCACUGUGACCAACCAAAGUAUUUUAGUAGAAAACUUUUUUAGGGGUACUCGAUAUUUCUGGGCACCCUGUAGGUGCUUGUACACCUACCCUUAUCCCCUUUAUACAUAAAUAAUACACAAGUCAAUCAUUUUAACGUUUGUAUUGUGGUACUUAAAAUGAUUGGCAAAUAAUAAUUAUAAAUGUGGGUUACAUAAAUAAUUUGAUUUACUGAUAUUUUCAUGUCUUAACUUUAAUAAACAGGUACUAAAGUGGUUAGUGUGGCUAUUGCUGAAUGAAUUUGAUUAAUUCUUUUUAAAAGCCAAGUGUAAGGCAUUUGAUAUUUCAAGACGAAAAUAUUGAUAACGAGCAUUUUUGAAAACAUAAAAAAAAAUGAGCUAAAAUAAAAUAAGUUUGUGUAAAAAUUAAAAAAUAAAUUUUUGUAGAAAAACAUGGCAUGCGACUUCAGAUAGUUUUUCAAACUGCAAAUAUUUGAACAGAGAAGAGAGGUAUAUUGACUCUAACAUGUGAGGCCACUAGAAUCAAAUGUCUACUUCUCCACUUUUUUUCAAAAAUGAGUUAAGCAUGGUUUGGUAUACUACAACAUGUGCCGCAUCCGAUGAAAAUGUCAAAAUUUCAAUUUUGUGUAAGGAAGUAUGGUUAAACAGCGUGUUAAGUUAGGGGUUAGAAUCAAAAGUCUACUUUUUUAAUGGAGAAGUCAAGUUUAGAAACGAACCUGGUGGAAAUUGAAUGAAGGACUAGUGUUAUGCCUUGAAAUUAGGCUUGAAAUUGAAUAAAUUCAUCAAGUGAGGACCCUUCCCCCAAAAACACCUUUCAUUUUUAUUAACAAAAAUUAAUUUUUUUUACUUUGAAAAAAAAGGAAUGAAUUAUUUCAAUUUCCAAAUGAAUGGUCAAAAAUGCAAUAUUAUUUUAAUUUCUCAAACUUUCCAAGCUUUCUUCAACUUUUAGCACCAUAUUACUAGAACAAUUUUUGAUUAAGUGCCCUAAAACGAUGUAAAAAGUGUACGGUUGGAGACAAAACUUAACUUCUCCUAACUUCAAACUGCCCAGGAACUCUUACGGCAACGCGUAGGGUAAAACAAACAUGUGGGUCACUAUCCUCAUGUUGGUACAAAAAUAUUAGACAUAUUACCUCGGUAUUUUAUGUUACGAUAAAUGCUACGGAGGUUUUUUGCGUUUUUCUCAAAAAGUUCGAAAAUGGAGAAGUAGAGAUUUGAUUCUAGUGGCCUCAUGUACAUUACAGAAGUUCAUAUUAACCUACACCUAUGCGCCAAGGCGCGAGCGGCGAAGGGCUCUCUAUUCUAAGAUAAAUAACAUAAUGAGAUAAAAAUAAAUGAAAAAAAUACAGCCAAAAAAUGCAACAUAGGCAAACGUGAAGACAAUUGAGUGUAGAACAAAAUAAAUAAAUAAAUAAAUAAAUAAAUAGGUAAAAACAGGGAAUAAAAAUACAGCAAAAAUGUGCAGACUAAACACAUGCCAAAUAAUCAAAAUACAAUUUAAAGCACAGGGUGAAAGUUAAUUUGAGACACGCUAGGCCAGAGAUUAACUAAACAGAAAGGGGCACAGAUGCAAGGUAGAGUGCAGAAAAGUGAGAAAAAUAAAUGAGUAAAUGAAUAAAAACGAUAAAAAAAAUAAAUAAAUAAAAAAUAAAUUUUUGUAGAAAAACAUGGCAUGCGACUUCAGAUAGUUUUUCAAACUGCAAAUAUUUGAAGGUGAUUGCUUGUGGGAGGAUUAAAAUUGACUUUUUCGAAAUUUUGAAAACCCAUGUCACAAUUCAAUGCUAAUUUUCAAUAAAAUUCUGAAAAAUAUGACAUCAUUUUUCAUUUUCUGACAUGCAUAUACAUCUCUCUGUCUCUUCAGGUGAUUUGCUUGGGUAGGUAAGUGACCCCAGAAGAUGACUAGGUGAACUUUUACGAGCAUUUGAAUUUUAUGAUAUAUACUGUGUCAUAAUACAGCCCUCAAUCUGUUCUUCAUAAUGAGAUAAUAAAAAUAAAAUACGUAGGUAUAUCAUGUUGUGGAAUUACUGGAAUUACUUUUUAGCAGUUAUCUUAGAGAUAAUGAAUUGAUUGAGCGCAGUCUUCAUGGCACAGUAUCCGUCAUAAAAUUCAAAUGCUCGCAAAAGUUCACCUAGUCAUCUUCUGAGGUAACUUACCUACCCAAGCAAAUCACCUGAAGAGACAGAGAGAUGUAUAUGUAUGUCAGAAAAUGAAAAAUGAUAUCAUAUUUUUCAGAAUUUUAUUGAAAAUUAGCGUUGAAUUGUGACAUGGGUUUUCAAAAUUUCGAAAAAUGCUCUCUAUUAGGUUUAAAGCACUUCAAAUUUCAUCCGUCAGUUUGUCUCAUAGCCGAAAGGGUUAAUUAAAGCUCAGUCGUUUUGGAAAUCGGCCAGAAUAGUGAACACCAGCUUAUUUGAUAAUGUAGAAGUAUGCUCAGUACUUUGUGACUGAAUAAAAUUGAGAAUUUUCAAUUCAUUUUCAAAAAAUCAAAUAGACCUACGUAAUGUUUCAAAAAAAAACAAACAAACAGGUGGUCAUAUGAAAUUUUAUUUAAAAUAAUUUUAUUGAUCACAUGAAAUUUGCUGAACGAAAAUCGCAUUUGCACAAGUGAAUUUUGUUCAACAAAAAUACAAAAUCCAGCGUUUAAUCAGCCAGAUUUCAAGAUGAAUUGAGCAAAAUUUCAAUUAGGCUAAUUAAAUGAGAAAUUUAUUUUCAAACAAGUAGGUACCAGAGUCCUGCACGGUAUAGUUAAAAUAGCCGAAUAACCGCCGGAGCUAUCGGCUAAUUCAACUACACGUUACAAACUGUAGUUAGUUUUGUCGGCGCGCGCAACCGACAAAUAACUAACUAUAACUACCUGCCGAUGCAGCAGUAAGUUAGCUUCGGUUCUGUUGAUGUCUCAUCAAUACAUUUUGGUGACUCAUCAAACAGAUAAGAAAGAAGCAAACGUUAUUUUUCCGAUAAGAACGCGGUAUAAUCGCAGGUAGUGUAGUUAUUUUAACUACAAGUUAGUCAAUGGUUACGUUAUCUGAGUUACAAAUAUUAAUCGCACCGGCCGGUGCGGUUAUAACCUGCCGGUGCGGUUAUAACCUGCCGUUAGGAUGACUACUAACUAUAGCUAUCCGCCCUUGACACGCAACUAACGCAGAUAACUUUUAACUAUUCGCGAAUUCACACUAAGUGGCUGACAUCUGGCGGAUUUUUGCGUAAAUGCUGAAAAGGGGGAACUGUGCAAAAUUGUGAUAAGACAUUUUUAUAUUGUGGAAUAUUUUUCAACUCAAAUUUGCAACUGAAUGAUUCCGAUUUGAGUAAUUGAAAAAAUUCAUGACACCAGAACUCAUUUGCAAACGUAUUUUAAACAAAAAUGAGAAAAUUGUAUAUCAGCAAAAGAGUCGUUUGAUAUCUUUGAGUAAAGAAAAAAAAUUGUUGGCCACUAAAUUAUUAAUUUUUGCGUUGUGAAUUGUAAUCUGAUUGGUCAAUAGUCUCCAGUUCCCCCUUUUCAGACAAUAACAACAGCGAUCCAAGUGAUUCGUGAAUUCGCGAAUACCGUGCAGGACUCUGGUAGGCAGAGUUGGAAAAAAAACGUUUUUUUUGAAAAAAAACAAAAAAAACGUUUUUUUUUGUUUUAAACAGUUUUUGUUUUAAACAAAUGUUAAAAACAGUUCCAUCGAUUCGUUGUUUAAAACAGUGUUUAAAACAUGUUUAAAACACGUUUUAAACAAAAUUUUGAAUAAAUAAGCAAAAUAAAUAGGUAGUCAAAACUCAAAUCUCAAAAGUCUUACUUUUGUUGUUUAAAUUUUAUUCAUCAUGUAGUGUUCUUUCUACUAACGAUUGAAAUUUCUGUUUAUCAUUUUUAUAUUGGUUAUCAAAUGAUUUUUAAAUGUGACGGUGAUUGUAAAAAAUUGGGAAAUUCAUGAGAAAAAUGGGAAAAAAACAUGUUUUUUUUCCAUUUCAAAAAAAACAUUGUUUAAAACGUUUAAAACGUUUUAAACACUUUCCUUGUUUUAAACACUUCAAUUUUUUGGGGGCUGUUUAAAACACUGUUUUAAACACUGUUUUAAACAUGUCUGUUUUUUUUUUGCCAACCCUGCUGGUAGGUACACAAUCAUAUAAUCAAAUCAAGAAAAAAAAAAUUACGCACGGGGAAGUAAAAACCUAAUGUAAUUUUUUUUUUAUUUUUUUUAUUUUUGGUUCCCCGGACACACAAGGUGCCGGGGGUUUUUUCAAAUAAACAAAUUUAUUUUCAUCUUAAAUCUAAGACUAAAUCUAAACAAAGUGUAUUAGUCAAUUUAUCCCUAAUCCUAGAUCUAAGAUGCGGGAAGAGGGGGAGGGGGAAAGACGGGUUGUCCACCACAACCCAUACCCCCUAGGUGGUUGCCAAGGACACAAUCACCCUACCAGGCUUCGUUACUCACGCAUGCCUAUCAGGUAGUUGGAGUCCCCCAACCCGUCUUGGGAAAAGGACUUUAGGGAGCAGAAUUUGGUGCGGGGGGGGUCAACAAGUGUUGCUCUCCCCUUUGCAUUACGUGAGUUUCGGAUAUGGGGGGACAUUUGCGAGGAGGCCGGUGCACUUGCUAAGGGCUUCACACCAGCCUCUCACAUUGGACUUAAGAGUACAAUACUAGAUAUGGCUAAUUAUUUUAGGCUGAAAAAUGUAGGAAAAUAGGUAUGAUUAGUUAACUUGUUCUACUUUGCAAAUAUAUACAGCAUUAUAAUACAAUAAAGAAGCCCACACUAAAAUAAUUUAAGGUUGUGGUUUUGAGAAGAAUAUAUUUAGGAUAUGCAUAGGUUUUGAAAAAAAAUCUAACUAUAGUUAUUUAUAGCUUGAGGUAGGGCAUUUUAAUGGGUUAUUUACAGGGCUUUUACUGGUCAAUGUUUGGUUGAUAGAUCAGGAUUGAAGCUGUUACUCCUUCUGGGUGCAUACUCUGACAGUAACUGGGUGGUCCUUGAAGCAUUCAAUGAUGGAUUGUUUCACUGUUGGCCACUCUAGUUUAUCCAGACCACACCCUAGUCUUGGUACUGCUAUCUUUUUGAUCUUGAGUUGGUCACAUUUGGCAGCAAGUGCUUUCAUUGUCGUUACAAAGUCCUUGAUUGACGGCUUAUCAUUGUAGUGUUCUUUGGUGAUUGCGUAGAGUAUGUAAUUACCACCUUUUUUGAGCUCAACUACUUCACCAACCUUAGCACCCCUUGACUUCAGAGUGUCCUGGUUGCCGAAGCCUCGUUUAAAUAGGAGCGCAAUGCCCUUGGACAUUCUGAAAUCCCUGCUGACACAAUGGGCCAGGGCAAACUGUGGGUAUUGUCUAAACAGAUUGUCCUCUAAUUCCUCUAGGGUGAAGAUCCCAUUUGAUUUGGUCUCUAGUUCCAUAAGCGGUUUCAUUUCAACAUCGGUACCCAGAAUACCUAAAUGUUGAACAAAGCAAGAUUUUAUUAAGUAUUUAAUAAUAUUAUGAUGAUCAGAUUACAGGUGAGCAAUUAUGGUGAAUUUCAGUUUCACCCAAUUUUUUUUUCAAGUGAAACUUGUUUUUAUGUUUACUUGUUUAGAUAAGAAUCAUCUUGUACAUGUACCUGUACCUAUUUUAUUUCGAACUUAGAAGUACUGAAUAAUUAUUAAAAACCACAUACUAUAAAUGUUAUGUGUACAUCUAGCUACUUGUUGUGAAUAAGGACAUAAAAAGUUAUGUAAAUGUGAUUGUGUGUUGAAGUUUCAUUCUGCAAAGGAGGGGAGGGGGAAUACAAUUACAAAAUAAAAAUAUAAAAUAAGCAGAUUAUAUUUAGUAUAAUUAAGACUGGGAUUGCCCAGAAAGCUAUUCCAUUAAUCUUAUUAUUAUCAUCUUCUACAGUUUUCUUCAACAUAUCAUCUAUAAAAUCUUCGCUGCUGGGCGAAAAUCGCCGGGUUUUCAACAUGUUGAAUACCUUUUUAGAUGUUUUUACAACGCUCCACAUUCUCAUAUGGCGCCGCCACUUGCGUUUGUUCCAAAUUUUUUUCAAUAGAUGGCGGCCUAUGGCUGCCACAAUUGUACUAUGUGGCAUCUGUAAACCUAAACAUACAAUAUUAUUAGCCAAAUUUUUGUAAAAAAUGAUGGCUAUUGCGGUAGGCCCAACUUUGGAUAAAAAGGUCCGGGGUGAAAAAUUUUGAUAGUUCUCGACGUUUUGACCUCAAACUAGACGAUUCCCGGCGGGGAUGGAAGAACAAGGAAUUUUGUUCUUUGUUCUUUUGUUCCUGAAAUGAAUUUUCACAAUAUGUUCUUUCUUUCGUUCUUUCUCAAAACUCGGAAACUUUGUUCAUUCUUUCGUUCGUUCGUUCUCUCAUUCUUUGAUUUUUUGGUUCUCUGUUCCCAGUGUUCUUGUUCUCGUAAUUUUCAUUUUUUGCAUAUAUGCCAAAUUGUGGCACUUUUUUCUCAAAGUUUGACCCAAAAUAUCCCAAAAUGUUCGAAAAAUGAAUUAAAAAAAUGGAAAAAACACUGAAAACAGAGUGAAAGAAAGAACGGGAACAAGAUAAAAAAUCAGAAGAACGGUUCUUGUUCUUCUGUUUUUCAAAGACGAAUAAAAAUUUCCGUUCUUUGUUCUCAAUAAGUAUGUUUUUUUUACACGGAUUCUCGAAAAUCUGGUUUUUGGACGUUUUUUGAAUCUCUUUUUAAACACUUUUUAGAUCCCCACCACAAACUUUCAAAACAUCAGAAGUCUUCUCUCUUUAAGUAAAAUCCAUAAUCCAUUUUCAAAAGCUACUAUCCUAACAGAUUGUGGUGGAUUUUAAAUCUGCCAAAAUCCAGAUUCUCGAAAAUCUGCCAUAAUCCGUCUAAAAAAAACAAAAUUACUGUUCUUCACUGGGAUUUUUCCAGGUGUUCAUUCUUUUGUUCGCUCAUUCUUUCAAAAAUUGGUUGUUCUUUUGUUCUUCGUUCCUGUUCGUUCUUCCAUCCCUGAUUCCCGGUGUGUCAGUUUUUAUACACAUGAAAAGUGUUGUUAUACACAGCCCAUACUAGAUAAACCUCAGACUUUUUGCGGCCCAUCUGGACUUUUUGCAGCCCAGUACCGGGCUGCAAAAAGUCUUUUCUGUUUUCACUCACUACAGAAAUUCAAACACAAGCCAACGCAGUGUGUAUAUGAGGCAGAAUACCACUAAAGACCUGCAUUAUCCGAUUUUAUGAACUUGGCGUUACUCACAGGAGCUAUUCGAGUUCCUCACCUCUCUGGAAGUGAAUGAAAACAUUUUUUUGAUGGUGGAAAAAGUCUGGGAAAUAUCUACAAAACAUACACUUGAGUGGGGACAGGGAGCCCGCCUCAAAAAUUGAAAAUUGAAUUACAAGCCUAAAUAUAAGUCUUUCUCCAACCUGAUGGAGUAUAUACCUUCUUUUCAUGGCCCAGCAGUGAGCUGCUUUGAGAACACAUGGAAAAAAUCAGAGCGCCUCUGCGAGUGCAAACCAAACGUUGGUCCGCAAAAAGUCAGUGAAAUGUCAUGGGUUGCGUAAUGUAUGGGGGCAAUCUAUAGUUUCACCCAAUUUUUUUUUCAAGUGAAACUUGUUUUUAUGUUUACUUGUUUAGAUAAGAAUCAUCUUGUACAUGUACCUGUACCUAUUUUAUUUCGAACUUAGAAGUACUGAAUAAUUAUUAAAUACCACAUACUAUAAAUGUUAUGUGUACAUCUAGCUACUUGUUGUGAAUAAGGACAUAAAAAGUUAUGUAAAUGUGA